GGAGGCUGGGGGUGGAGCCGCUCGGACAUGAGUAAAUGACGUCAAGCUCCCAGGUCGCCGAGCAGUGAAACAAACAUGGCGACAGAAUGGAGCGGGCAGCAGGGUUACAUUCUCACUGUCAUUAUCUGCCUGUGGAGCGCGGUCGGCGGCCGGACGGAGACGGCGGCUGCAGCGGCGGCGGCGGCGGCGGGGUCCGGCGUCAGCGGCGGCAGGAGCAGCGGCGGCGGCGGCGGCAGCAGCAGCGGGAGCCAGGUGCUCGGCAUGCGGCUGGAGAGGAGCGACAAGCCCGCCAGCACCAAUGACGACGGUGUCAUCCAGGUGACCGAGGAGAGCUCCGUGCAGCUCCGGUUUUACGGGGUGCAGCUCCACUCGGGCGCCUGGACGCAGAUCCGCUUCACGGAGAUCACGGACGGCGGCGGCGGAGGAGGAGACGAAGAGGAGGAGGAGGAGGAGGCGGUGGCGGCGGCGGCGAGGGGCGGCAGCGGCAUGAUGGACGAGCCGGACAGGACUUGUGCUGAUUUCACGAAGGACAUCAGCGUCGGGACCUUCAUGAACGUCAGCAGUCGAGGCACGUCCGGGGUGCUCACCGUGCACAUCAAGCCGCUCCGCAAGAGCGAGCCGCAGAAGGAGUAUGCCCUGUGCACGCCGAGCGCGGACGGGAGCAGGUGGGUGCUGCUGGGGGACAGUGACGGCAGGAUGCUGGUGGUGGAGGAGAAGAAGUCCCUGCUGCCCAUGUGGCUGCAGGUGAUCCUCAUCUCCUGCCUCCUGGUGCUCUCUGGGAUGUUCAGCGGUCUGAACCUGGGGCUGAUGGCGUUGGACCCCAUGGAGCUGCGCAUCGUCCAGAGCUGUGGCACCGACAAGGAGAAGAAGUACGCCAGAAAAAUCGAACCCAUCCGCAGCAAAGGGAACUAUCUCCUCUGCUCGCUUCUUCUGGGGAACGUCUUGGUGAACACCACCCUCACCAUCCUCCUGGACGACCUGAUCGGGUCAGGUCUGGGCGCGGUGGUCGCCUCCACCAUUGGGAUUGUCAUCUUCGGUGAGAUCGUCCCCCAGGCGCUGUGCUCUCGCCACGGCCUGGCCGUGGGCGCCAACACCAUCCUGGUGACCAAGUUCUUCAUGUUCCUCACCUUCCCGCUGUCCUUCCCCGUCAGCAAGCUGCUGGACGUCCUGCUGGGCCAGGAGAUCGGCACCGUGUACAACAGGGAGAAGCUGGUGGAGAUGCUGAAGGUGACGGAGCCCUACAACGACCUGGUCAAGGAGGAGCUGAACAUGAUCCAGGGCGCCCUGGAGCUCAGGACCAAGACCGUGGAGGACGUGAUGACGCCCCUGGCGAACUGCUUCAUGAUCCAGGCGGACGCUGUGCUGGACUUCAACACCAUGUCUGAGAUCAUGGAGAGCGGAUACACCCGGAUACCCGUGUACGACGACGAGAGGUCCAACAUCGUGGACAUCCUGUACGUCAAGGACCUGGCGUUCGUGGACCCGGACGACUGCACCACCCUGAAGACCAUCACCAAGUUCUACAACCACCCGGUGCACUUUGUGUUCCACGACACGAAGCUGGACGCCAUGCUGGAGGAGUUCAAGAAAGGUAAAUCCCACCUGGCCAUCGUCCAGAAAGUGAACAAUGAGGGCGAGGGAGAUCCGUUCUACGAGGUGCUGGGAUUGGUCACGUUGGAGGACGUCAUCGAGGAGAUCAUUAAGUCGGAGAUCCUGGAUGAAUCGGACCUUUACACUGAUAACAGAAACAGGAAAAAAGUGGAUCCCAACAAAAACAAACGAGACUUCUCAGCCUUCAAACACGACAGCGACAGUAAAGUGAAGAUCUCUCCUCAGCUCAUGUUGGCAGCUCAUCGUUUCCUGGCCACAGAGGUGAGCCUGUUCAGCCCGUUCCAGAUCACAGAGAAAGUCUUACUGAGGAUCCUCCGACACCCGGACGUCAUCCAGGAAAUAAAGUUCAACGAAAACGACAAGCGCUCGCCGCAGCACUUCCUCUACCAGAGGGGGAAACCUGUCGACUACUUCAUCCUCAUCCUGCAGGGGCGAGUGGAGGUUGAGGCCGGAAACGAAAACAUGAAGUUUGAAACCGGCCCGUUCUCCUAUUAUGGAGUCAUGGCUCUGAGUACACCAUCACUGGAGUUCCGUUCUCCGUCACAUGGGGGCAACCUCAACCGCUCGGCGUCUCUGAGCUGCACUGAGCGCGCUCCAGAGACCGGCUCCGUCGGCGGGAGCAACACCCAGAUCCCGGGCACCCCCUUCCAGUACAUACCAGACUUCUGCGUACGUGCUCUCACAGACCUGCAGUUUGUCAAGAUCACUCGGGCUCAGUACCAGAACGGUCUCCUGGCGUCCAGGCUGGACAGCACGCCGCAGUCUCCAGAGGGCAGCCACACCCGUCUGGACAUGUCCGCCUCUUUACCCCCCAUAACGCCGCCGGGGACGCGCACUCCACUGCCGCUGGCCACGCCUCCUGUGAAGCGCCUGCCGUCAAACACUCAGCCGACGCCGCCGAGCAGCCGCGCCGCUCUGCCCCCGUCCACCUCCACCUCCUCCUCCGCCAGCCGCCGGCCGAGCCAGUCUCUACCCCAGGCCGCUCCGAGCAACCACGCCUCCCUCCCCCAGCCCCCUCCGUCCUCCAUGAGUACGGUGCCGUGCACCUUUAACCCCCACCCAACUCUGUCCUCCAAGUCCCAGCAGUCCCCGUCCUCUGCCGGCCCCGAGAACGGGCCGGGAGAGACCACCACUCUGCUCAGUGAGCAGCAGAACUGUGUGGGCCCCCGCAGGCCCAGCCACAGCCAGGCGCACCCCCACCCUCACGUUCACACCAUCAGUCACGCACACACUGAAAGCACCAUCUAACCCCCCCCCCAACUAAACUACCUGUGCACAUCACACACACCUGGCACCACUUCCUGUUCCUGUUUGCUCGUUGUCUCCUGAACUUUUUCUGUAAACGUCGGAGGGAAACUGAAGAUCAGCUCAUCCUGUGUAUUUUAUAAACAGAGACCCUCUUUUACCCCCCCUGCAUGCCCCCCCCCCCAACACUGAAACAGAUUGAGAUUAGAGGUUAAAGAGGACGAACAGGGAACACUAGUGAGUAUGGUACGAAAUAUAGGCGGAGGUGUGUGUGCGUGUUUGUUUGUUUGUUUUUAAAGGAUCAGUUCACACAAAAUACCCAACAAUCUGCAAAACAACACAAAUAUUUAAGUUUCCUGCUUCUCGAAUGAGAGAAUUUGAUGCUUUUCUUCAUCUUAACAUUAACAUAACCUGAAUAUCUUUGGGGUUAGGGGUAUGGUUAGGCUGUAGGUAAAUAUUCCGGACAUUUUUCUUUAUUUUCUGACGAUUAAUCGAGAAAAUAAUCAUCAGUUGCAGCCUUAUGUUCAGGGCAAAGUUUCCUUUUUUUGUAAUUUGUGUGAACUGACCCUUUAAUUCAUCACCAGUGAGACAUUAACAGAAACAUUCCCACCUGGCGAGUCCAGAUCAGUGCUGCAUCCCCCGACCCUCCACAGGUUACUGUUCAGACAAGCUCUUUUUUUUUAGUUUCAUUUUACUUUAUUCCAAAGAGUGAAACUUCCAAAAAGCUUUUAGGUUUUAUUCUCAGUGUGUGUGUUUUCUUCUUUCUGGUAGGUUUUGUUAUAGUUGACUGAACUGAGGCAGAUGUCUGUGUUAAACAGUCAUACCAGUGACGUUGCCUGUUUUCGCCCCGUUAAUACAAAUCCUGUCUCUCAAUCUCUGUUAAUUUAAACGUAAUAAUUCAAUCAACAGCUGCAGCGCCCCCUGCUGCAGGAUUGGGGUUCAUUUUAAAAGUUUUUUAGGGUUUAAAUGUCGUUAAAUGAAUGAAAACACAAAUGAAAAGUGAGAUGUAAUUUGAGUGGAAGACUAAAAAGUAAAUGGAAAAAACAAAAAUACAGUUUUGAAUUUAAGAAUCUUUUAAAAUUAGUUUUGAUUUUACAUUUAAGAAUUAAAUGUAAAAUCAAGUUUUUUUAUUGCUUUUAUUAUGCUACAUUUUUAACUUUUAAUUUAAUAACACAUUAUUUAAAUGGGAAUUUAUUCAAGUAAUAAUAGCUUUUUAAAUUCAUCAGUUCAUUAACUGAUAAUUGUUAACUCUAAAUUCAAAGUCUAUAAUUAUUCCACAUCAGACUCUAUGAUUUUCAAGAGUUUUUUAUCCCCACAGGAAAAACAAAAUUAAAAAAUGAUGCAGCAUGUUGUGGGAAGUAGUUGGUAUUAAAAUAAACGACACAUGAUUUGUAUUUAAGAGGCUAAAACGUGUAAAAACACUGGUAUGAUCCUUUAAUUCACUGUUACUAGUGCUGUGAAGGUGGGUGUCUGUGUGGCCUACCUCCUGACCAAGGCAAUAUGUUUUAAAUUAUUAUUUAAUUUCCAAGAGUGUGAUAUGAAAUUAAGGUUUUUAUUUUAUUAAUUUAUAUGUACUUGACAUUCAGUUUGUUGUUUUAUAUUUUAGAGAUUUAAUUUAUUUUUGUUGUUUUCUUUGGUUCUUGAAAACAAGCUGCAAACAUCAGAUGACACUAAAUAACUGCACAGACACUCUUUAUUAUUAUUUCCAUUAAAUAUUCCUCACUGUGAAUAAACAGGGCUCGGUCCGACUGAGCGUCUAAGCUAAGGGUUGACAAGAGAGGACAAGUGACUCGAAGACCAAAUAACCCAGAGCAACAAGUAGUUUAAACAACCACAGUUUUCAGUAGCGAGUGUGUUCACAGCACAGUUGGCUGGCUUUUUCAACUCAACGCCAUCUGCUGCUGCAAGUUUAAUGAGGGCAUUUCUACAUAUUCUCUGCACAAGUCGAGAGUCUGACAACAAACUGUAACAAAAACCAGACCAAGCUCUUUGUCUGAGGCUCUGGACUGUAGCCAGGAUUUUACUGUCAGACUCCCCUUAGUUAUUUCAAUUUUUCAUAGUUUUUGGUUGAGUUUUGUUUUCUAUUUUUGUACAACGGAGCAGUUAUUUUACAGGAAUAGUUUGACAUUUUUGGAAAUACACAUAUUCACUUUCUUGUUGAGGGUUAGAUGAGAGUAUUGAUACCACUCGCAUGUCUGUAAGCUGGAGCCAGCGGUUCGUUAGCUUAGCAUAAAGACUGGAAACAGUAGGAAACAGCUAGCCUGGUUCUAUCCAAAGGUAGAACUCACUGUUUGACAUGUCAUCAUGAUAAAAAUGUUCCUAUUAGUCGAAAGCGAUAAUUAUCAUGAUAAAUGUCAACAUUCAUUGAACAUUUAUUGAUCAUAUUUCUAUUGAAGAAAAUAAUCUCUUAAUUUUUCGCUAACAAUUAUUAUCGCAAUAUAAUAAAAUAUUGUGAUAUUUAAUUAUAUUGCGAUAAUUAUCUUUAUUGUUUUAUCAUCCAGCUCAGUUUAUAAACAGAGUAAACUAACAGGAUAUAAUUUAUCAAUAAGUGAGAUGUUUACUCCUGUCUUUAUGCUAUGCUAAGCUAAGCUAAACUAAGCUAAUAAUUUUCUGACUGUAGCUUCAUAUCUACAGCACAGACAUGAGUCUUCUCACCUUGAAUCUGAGAGAUAAGGAAGUGAGUAAAUGUAUUCCCUGAAGUGUUAAACUAAAUUUCCUCUCCACGUGGCCAGGGAUAAAAUUCUGGUUCAUAAACAGUGAAUUCUGGUGGAAAACGGUGAAACAUGAAAAAUUUGUACUUUUUUUAAGCUGCCCUGAUGUCGCUAAUAUCCCCAACUGCCUAGAAAAAGAAAAAUACUUGGAUGAAUGUUCUCAAUUGUAGCUCAGUCCAAACUGUUCUACUGUUACUGUUUCUUCUUUCUACGUCUAAUUUUAUCAUUGAUACCUUUCGUUCAUGACCGACUACGACAACAUAACAAAACGACUUCUCACGGUUAUAUUUUCUUAACCUGUGACUAACAUAAACUCGAGGCUACAGAAAGCCUCGGUUUAGCUUAAAGGAAUAAUUAGACAUUUUGGGAAACGCGUUUUUUUUGCUGAGAGAGAAAUGAUGCCACUCUUGAAUCCAGGAGGCAGUUAGCCUAGCUUAGCUUAGCUUUAGCAUGGAGGCAGGGAAAACAGCUAACACCUCUAAAGCUCACUAAUAACUGCAUUAUAUCUCGUGUGAGAAUGACAAGUUGUUUCCAGAGCUCAGCUUACAAAGCACAUUUCCCAAACUGUCAAACGUUUUCUUUUAACCUGUGUUUCAAACUUUUAUUUAUUAACCUUUGAGCUAACAGUGAGCCCAGGGUUAAGGAUUGACACUUGAAUAUCAGGUUAACAUCUCGGGAGCACUUAACAGCACAAUAACUGGCUGAGAUUUAAUGGACAACAGACAUUCCACAACAUGUCUUCACACUGAUUCACAGCAGUGAUGUUAACCUUUGUGUGUUGUUUUCUGCAGCUGGACUGGACGGCAUUUUUCCACAUGCGAUGUGUGUGUGUGUGUCCGUUUGACAUUCCAAACCAGGGAUUAAUUCACGUACACAAUGUGAAGUACAUUUUAAUGUGUGUGUAAAUGAUACUGUACCUGUUCAGAGCAGUCGGAGGACGCUUGGUUGUGUUCCAGUGGACUGAUAAAGAGAUUAAGACGACUGAAGCAGCUCACUCCUCACUCCUCUGUCGUGACGGGGUGACGGCCUGAGCUGAGACGUUAAAGCUGCUAGCAUGUAAUCUACCUAUUUUUUUGUUUUCCUAUGUAUGCAGUGACACUGAAAAACAAUUUAAGUGACUGUAAAGAUGAAUUAUUUUGUUGAUGAUAUAAUGGAAGAUAUUUAUUGGAGAAGAUACAGAUGACAAACUGUUGUAUAAGCUAGCACUGAUUUGAAAACACUUUAAACUUGUGAGUUACGUAGCAUAAGUCUGAAAAAGUGAUUAUUCCAAAGCAUUUCUCCUUUUGUGAGAUGAUUUCUGGAGUGAGAUGAUCAGCCCCAGGUUCACUGUGUGGUAAUCUGAUUUAUUAAACGAUGGAUUGAGUAUAUUCACCUCUGAAGCCCAAAAAUCAACUGUUGAGGGCGUAAAUGUUUAUUUUCUUAACUGGAGGCCUCGUCAGUGUCAAACUAAUAUGAAUACUUUGAGUUUUUGUGCCCACAUGUUGCAUGUUGUUAAAUUAAUUUGUGUUUCAUGAAAUGACCACAGAACAAACCUGGGGCCUGGACAAGAUCGUCACUCGGUGAAAACCAUAGAUUUUACUCAGCGGGACAAAACCUGCUCAUUAAAUGCAAACACAGUCGACAUAGCCUUACCCUCUAUUUGAAGAAAAUUUAGACCUGCCUGCUGGUUCAUAGAGGUCUCAUGUAGCAAUUGGUCUUAUACUGGUUUCCAGUGAAGCCACUGGUUGGCUGUGUGACUACCAGUUUGUGUACUGGGAAAUGUGAAAACAAAUUGUUCUGCUUAGUAAUGUUGUAUUUAUUGUAAGCAGUGUAUUUAUAGUUUUUUUGUUUUCGUUUGGUUUCGUUCUGGACGUGCACCUGAAGGUGUGGUUCUGUGAAACGGGCUUCCAGCUGUAAGACGCAGCUUCGAUCGGGUGAAUUUACCCAGAAACACUGUGUUCAGUUCUCUGAUUGCUGUUUGUGUUAUAUUACUGUAAAUACUCUGUACAUGGGGCCGUGGGCAUUUUGUGUGAUGCUGAGAGAGACGUGAAAUAGCUCUAUUUAUAAAGAUGGUGUUAUUUGAAGUUUUAUUUCCAUUGUUUUACUAGGAAGACAUUGCAUAGCAAUAAACAUUGCACAGAGUUGA